AUGUCACAGCCGUUGAGUUACGAGGAAGUCAUAGAUCAUAUCCUUCACAACAAGGAAGUCCCAGGCGUUGAAGACGUCCCGGAUGUAGUGCUAGAAGAGCCAAUUGAUCAACAGAGUAGCGCACCAAGGUUAAAACCAUGGCAAGUCAGUGGUCACAAUACUGAAUCACAAGGUUCAGGGGCUGAUGUCAAGACUGACAUGGAAAAGGAACUGAAGAAAGCGCAAGAGCAAGGGCUAAACAUGGACAUAGAAUGA